UCGCUCGCUCGCUCGCUCACUCACUCACUCACUCACUCAUGGCUUCACUUCGUCUUCCAUGUUGUCUCUCAUCAAAAACGCCUUCCUUCUUCAUUAAUCUAAUAACCCCCAAGUUAUCUUCUCUCCAUAACCACCGUUACAACUUUACUUUUAAAACCACCACCAACAUCUCAUUAUCUCACUCUCUUUGUUUUCCAAUUAGAAACAACAACAAAUUCAGGCAUUUCCUUUUGCAUUUCUCUUCCACAACUCAAGACCACCCGGUUGUUGAUUCCUCUUCACUUGAUGAUGUUGUCACCGAAUACCAAUCAAAGGCUGAAGAAAAAGAAGAAGAGUUUUCGAAAACCAGACUGCUUGCUUCGAAUGUUCCAUGGAAUUGUACUGCAGAAGACAUUAGGGCUCUGUUUCAGAAGUUUGGGACAGUUGUAGAUGUUGAGCUUUCAAUGUAUAGCAAGACCAGAAACAGGGGCUUGGCGUUUGUCACUAUGGGCUCCCCCGAAGAGGCAGUUGCUGCUCUUAACAACCUCGAAUCUUAUGUAAACACAUUAUCUUCGAUUCUUUCCUUCUUUGGAAUAUGAAAUAUUUUUGUCAUAAUGCAUGCCUUAUUGGAGACAAAGGAGAAAUCAGAUUGAGAGU